AUGCCUUUAAUAGUAUUAACAGGCGUCCCUAGCAGUGGGAAAACCACGAGAAGCGAAGAACUGCGCACCUUUCUCAAGGAACAAAACAAAGAAGUCCACCUUGUUAGUGAACAUGACCAAAUAGUGAAAGCUGGUUUUGACAAAAAGACAUGUUACGCUGAUAAAGACAAAGAGAAGCAUAUUAGAGGUAUUUUGAAAUCUGAGAUGAUAAAAUUAUUGUCCCCUAAUAGUAUAGUUAUAUUGGAUGCUUUAAAUUAUAUCAAAGGAUAUAGAUAUGAAUUAUUUUGUGCUGCAAAAGCAAGUAAAUGUACCCAGUGCACCGUUCACACAGAAAUAAAUAGAGAGGAAGCUUGGAGUUUUAAUGAACUUCGAGAGAAUGAUGCUGAAAAAUAUGAUAGGGAAACUUUUGAUGCAUUGGUCAUGAGAUAUGAAGAUCCUGAUGGUAAAAAUCGAUGGGAUGCCCCAUUAUUUACAGUUUAUCCUGAGCGGGAAAUGGAUAAAGAAGGAAUUUAUGCUGCUUUGUUUAAAAAGAAGCUGCCAAAGCCCAAUAUGUCUACACAAAAUCCUCCACUCAAAGCUACAAACUUUUUGUAUGAAUUAGAUCAGAUUACUAAGAAAAUUGUAGAUGGUUUGAUUUUAGAAAUAAAGAGAGGUGCUACUGGUGACAUUAAAAUUAAUGGUUACGAAGAUCUGAGCUUAAAUAUUUCAAAUAUUAGUAUCCCAGAUCUUAUAAAUUUUAGGAGGCAGUAUGUCAAUUACUCCAAGUCACAUACACCUGAUCCUCAUACUAUACCUAAACUUUUUAUACAGUAUUUAGCAGCAAAUUUGUAUAAAGGAUAA